AUGCGAAUGGCUAUAGGGGCAUUCAAAAGCAGCCCAAUUAAAAGUAUCUAUAAUAUAGCGGGAGAACCAACGCCAGAUCUCAAAAGAACAGAGCUGACUCUUAUAUAUGCUGCUAGACUAACAAGAUUAAUAAAUAACCCAGCAUCAACUAACAACAUAACCCUAGAACUAAAAAAAAAUCAAAAUUACACCAAGAUUCCACAAAUAAUAACAAAAGAAAAAAUAAUUAACCCACCAUGGAUAAGCCUAUAUAAAAUUAACACAGAAUUGAAUACCCUACCCAAGGAAAACACACCUCCACAUAUAUAUAAAAACCUUCUGAAAAAUAUCCUUGAGAACCAAAAUGAAUUCCAGGAAUUAUAUACCGACGCCUCCAAAAGUGACAAAGGAGUAGAAUUAGCCAUAAUAAAAAACAAUUCACAGACAUCAUUCAAAUUACCAUCAACAUGUUCCAUAUAUACAGCCGAAGCACUUGCUAUAUUAUUAGCCAUAAAACACAUAAACAAAAAUGUAAACCAAAAAUAUUUUAUUUUAAGUGACUCGUUAAGCGCGAUAACUAGUAUAAAAAAUAAAUUUAAUCCUAGUGAUCUAGCAGCAACCCAAAUUCAAAAUAAACUAGUAGAAGCAAACCAAAAGAACAACAAUAUAAUUAUAAUUUGGAUACCUGGUCACAUAGGAAUAAUAGGUAAUGAAAAGGCAGAUAAACAAGCAAAAUUAGCUAUCGGAUCAAUGAACUCACAGUUUAUCAACAUUGCUUCUUAUUCUGAUGUAAGAAAACAAAUACAACAAGACACUAUUCUAAUGUGGCAAAAAGUAUGGAACACACAAAACAACAAAUUAAACCAAAUUAAACAAACGGUCAAAAGAUGGAGAAGAAACCCUAAUAUCUGCACCUCAGAUGAAAAAAAACUAAAUCGGGCCAGAAUUGGUCACACGAGACUGACUCAUGAAUAUUUAAUGAAUAAAGGCGACCCACCCUUAUGCCAAUCAUGCGGUACCACAAUUACAAUCAAACACAUCUUUGAAGAAUGUAGAAUGUAUGAAAAACAAAGAGAGGAUCUCAAUAUAAGCCAUCAAAUUGGAACUAGUCUAGGUCCAAAUCCUGAUAACGAAAUCGACACCAUUAAAUUUUUUAAAGCAAUUAAAAUACUUAAUUUACUUUAG